UAAUUAAAUGUCCAGGCAUGUGUGUGGUAGUGAGAAGGAUUGAGAAAAAGAAAGUGGUGUCCAAGCAAUGGCAAUUAUCUCUGGUAUCCCUUAAUUUAUAUGAAUGUUGUCACAGAGGCCUUUCUUUUCCUUAUGAUGUUGCUCUUGUUCCUACCAAAGCAGCAACAUUAAAAUUAAAACAUGGCAUCUUCACCGGACACCAGCAAAACCAUAAAGCUGGUGCGUAACAACAGCUACCUCCGCAGACUCAACAUAUCCUUCAAAAUCCUCUUCCUCCUCCUCGCCCUCCUCCUCCUUUACACCCUUUCCACCCACCACCACCACCUCCCCCUCUCCUCCGCCUGGGAGAAUCAGGUCCGCCACUCCGCCCUCCCUCGCCGCCCCAACGGCAUGUCGGUGCUUGUCACCGGCGCCGCGGGCUUCGUCGGCUCCCACUGCUCCCUGGCCCUCAAGAAGCGCGGCGACGGCGUCCUCGGCCUCGACAACUUUAACCCCUACUACGACCCCUCCCUAAAACGCGCCCGCCAACACCUCCUGGCGAAACACCGAAUCCUCAUCAUCGAAGCCGACCUAAACGACGCGCCGUUGCUCGCCAAGCUCUUCGACGUCGUUUCCUUCUCCCACGUCCUCCACCUCGCAGCACAAGCGGGCGUCCGCUACGCCAUGCAGAACCCCCAGUCCUACGUGGCAUCCAACAUCGCCGGCUUCGUCACCCUUCUAGAAGCUUCCAAAACCUCCAACCCCCAGCCCGCCAUCGUUUGGGCCUCUUCCAGUUCCGUCUAUGGGCUCAAUAAUGAAAGCCCAUUCUCCGAACUCCACCGUACGGACCAGCCCGCGAGCCUCUACGCCGCAACUAAAAAAGCCGGCGAGGCCAUCGCGCAUACCUACAAUCAUAUCUAUGGACUCUCCCUCACCGGAUUGCGCUUCUUCACUGUUUACGGGCCCUGGGGAAGGCCCGACAUGGCUUACUUUUUCUUCACUAAGUCCAUCCUCCAGGGAAAGCCCAUUGACGUGUACCAGACGCAGGACGAAAGAGAAGUGGCGCGCGACUUCACUUACAUCGACGACGUCGUCAAGGGCUGCCUCGGCGCUCUAGACACGGCGGAGAAGAGCACCGGCGGCGGCGGGAAGAAGCACGGCGCCGCGCAGCUCAGGGUUUACAAUCUCGGCAACACCUCGCCGGUGCCGGUGGGGAAACUCGUUUCCGUGUUGGAGACGUUGCUCAGGGUGAAGGCGAAGAAGCACGUGAUCAAAAUGCCGCGAAACGGCGACGUUCCAUUCACGCAUGCUAACGUGAGCCUGGCGUGGAGGGACUUCGGGUACAAGCCCACCACUGAUCUCGCCACUGGUCUCAGAAAGUUCGUGCAGUGGUACGUUGGGUAUUACGGGGUUCGCUUAGGGGUAGAAAAGGAAAAGAUUUCGCUUGAUUGAUCCUUACCGUGCCACUCCAUUCAUUUUCACAUGGGUUUUCUUUUCUUCUUUUUUUGUGAAUAAUUAUUAUUAUUAUUAUUAUCUACUCUUUUUUUUUUUGAGUGGUGCUGGUGGUUAUAGUUGUGGCGGCCCAUGUGAGAAUGCAUAAUCAUGACAUGACCCGGUGGAUGGAAGGACAUGAAUAUGAAGAUGAACCUAGGAAUAUAAACGUGGUAGAGAAGGAAGAGACAAAUGUUGAAGAAAUAGAAAGUAAUAAAAGCAAGGACAAGAGCAAGUGUAUAUAUCUAAUCUAUGUGUGAAGUGGUGGAGGGGAACUGAGCUGUAAUAAUGAUGGGUGGGCUCUACUUUAAGCUUUUGGAACUUAUUCAAUUUAUUAUGGUAUUUUCAAAGUUAAGUAAAAUUGUGUAUAAACAAUAAUUAUAUGAUAUAGACAUGCAAUUUUCUUACAAUUACAUUAUUAUAUUAAUUUUCUG